CCGAGAUGAAAAAACAUUGUAUGUGUUCUUAUAGAUCAUAGGCACAAUGAGCGACGCACUGCAUUGGAAUGAGCUACCUGCUCAGAUUGAUUCCAUUAUAGCGGAUGUUUGGGCAAAACUUGAGGUAGACAAGCAGCUUCAGCAAGCUCAAGAACAAAUUGAUGAAAUAAACAAUGGCCACAGUAAAAUUGGUGAGAUAUUUGAUAGUGUGGAGCAAGGACUAAUUGACCUGGACACAGAGCUUCAUCCUGUUGAUAGUAAUGGACAACCAACAAGUUUUUAUGCUGACAUUAAAUCUUCUUUGGCGAAUGUUCAGACCGAGUUUAAUGAGCUACAACAGACAAUUGACGAGUUUGAAGCCUCACAGGAUAAUGUUGAGCCAAAGGAAGAUUUUGUUUUUGUGUACAGUGAUGAAUCCAUGUCGCCAUCACCGCUUGCUGACCAUCAAGAUGACUCAAUGGAUACAACACUACCAAACAUUACUGCUGAAUCAACUACAGCUAGUGUUAGUCCAUCCCAUCAGAUUGAACUUCAUAUGGAAGUUGAUUCUCAACCAGAUACUGAUGGGAAGAAUGAAUCACUUGGCAAUGAUUCCACACCGCAUUGUGAACCAUCUAUUACUGCAGCUCACUGUACUCAAACCAACGCUCAGUCAUCCAUUGCUGCAGCUCACUGUACUCAAACCAACGCUCAGGCACUAAGUGAGUCUGUUUCAGCAGGAAGUCCUAAAUCUCAACUGAAACUGUCCGACAAUGCUGCACUAAGUACUAGUUCUACCUGUGACGUAUCACCUGAGACUUUGUCUAGUACAUCUGACCUUUGUGAGCCUCUAGCGAAAACUUCCAGUCAGUCUUCAUCUGCAGGCACUACUGUAACUCCAACCAAUACGUUGAGUGAAUUGCCAUUGAACAGUAGUACAGAUACACUGAGUAAGGCAACAAGAAAGUCUAAAACUCGAGCUAAUGUAUCAAAUGAGUCUACUUCAAGAAAUAGUACUAAUGAUCCAGUACCAACUCUCACUGCUGAGUUUGCUUCCGGCAUCACCACCAGAGGUCUUGCCAAGAAUAUGAGCGAGUCUUCUAGAAAGAUUGCUAGUGAGUCUCCCACCACUAGUAACGCUCCUAAGUCUACCAACACUUCUGGUAAAGUUGUCAGUGAUACUGCAUCAACCAGGAAGACUAGAAUGUCCAGUAAGGUGUCGACGGACACUGCGUCAAGCACUGCUGAUAACGAUUCAGUCAGAGCAUCAGUAACUACAAGAAGUCGUUAUAAGGAGACAUGUGUACCUGCCUCCAAGCCUACUUCAAGUAUUAUAAGUCAGCCUCCUACCUCCAAGCCUACUUCAAGUAAUAUAAGUCAGCCUCCUACCUUCAAGCCUACUUCAAGUAAUAUAAGUCAGCCUCCUACCUUCAAGCCUACUUCAAGUAAUAUAAGUCAGCCUAUGGUUAAGUUGACUUUAAAUGAACCACAAAUACUCAAAGGAGCAGUUGAUCUCAUCAAGUCAUCCACCAAACCUUCACCGGUAGUGAAUACAGAGAAAUCAAUAACUCCUGUAGCUCAUAAAGAGACUGCAGUAUGUGAUGAACUGGAUGUGAUUGAUCUUUGUGAUGGUGAAGAUCUACCUCCAAUGGAAGAUGACGAGGAUGAUGUCAUUGAAACCUUGCCGACAAAGACUCACAAACUCCCAAGUUUGGAAAAGCUGGGUCCAGGAAUCAAAGUACUCGCCCAACAGAAGAGUAACACAUGGAAGGAAGCAACAAUAAUUAGCGUCAUCAAAGGCAACAAUGAGCAGAAAAAAUACAGAAUAUCUUUUGAUAGGAAGAUUAAAAGUUUAGUGAGUAGCAAGCAUCUUGCAGUGCAUACGUACCCAUGUGGAUACCCAGCACCAUCUCUAGUUCAUAUAGGCAGUCGGAUUGUCGCUGAGUGCAUGAACCCAUUACAUGGGAGUUAUAUGUGUGCAGGGAUUGUUGCUGAGUUACCGCUGUGUUUCAACAAAGGUCGUUAUCUUGUCUUCUUUGAUGAUGGCUGUGUGCAGUAUAUGUCACUCAAGAAAGUUCAUUUAGUCUAUGAAGUCAGUUAUAAUGUAUGGGAAGAUGUGCCAGAGCGCUACACAGAGUUCAUUAAGGAGUAUUUAGAAAAGUAUCCAGAGAGGCCGAUGGUAAGAUUGCAUCGAGGUCAGUGUAUCAAGACAGAAGCCAAAGGUGUAUGGUGGCGUGCUAAGGUACAGGAGGUAGAUGGAUCUCUGGUUAAUAUGCAUUUUCCAAGCUCUGAUCGCCUUGAAUGGAUAUAUAGAGGCUCACCAAGAAUGGAACCUCUCCAUAGAGAACUGGAGACGGCUAAAUACUUGAGGGAGUCAGGGCGUCUAAUUGCUGGUAGCAGUGUGUCUAAGAAACGAGGAGGUCCAUGCGUAGAGUACCAGAGGGUCAAUUCAGACUUCUUAGUCUCAGAAAAAGAAAUUCUUGCCAUGCUUGAGGGGAAGAUCACUGUCCCUAAAGGAAUCAUAGCUCAAAAGCUUCAUCAAUCCAAAGUCGCUGUUCCAACCAGGACAAUAGACAGAAUGCCUGUUGUACAAUGGGCCAUUGCUUCAAUCAGGGAGUGGUAUAAGACACAGAGUUCUGGCAAAGAGAACUUUGAGAAUCUUCCAAAUGAAGAGCUGGCAGCAAUGCUUGAAGGACUCUAUAAGAAUGGAUAUCAACAGCAACCGGAUAUAUACACAUCACAUACCCUGAAAGCUCUUCGCUGUUCACUGAGCACCUUUCUGACCGAACCACCAAUCAGCCGCAUCAUUGAUAUCAACAAAGCACCUGCGUUUGUGAAAGCAAACCAGGUAUUCAAUGAAACCAUUCGAAUCAUAGACAAAGUCAAAGAACCUCCUCCCAAGAAACUCCUGAUUGGUCAACCAGAGAUAAACAAGAGAGAUUUGGUCAAGUUGUUAAGAUCAGGUCUGGUGUCACUCAGUAACCCGCUGGGUCUACUUAGGCUUGUCUGGAUAUUCAUGCAGAUAUUUGUGGGAAAAACCAAAGGAAAGAUCAAGUCAAUUGAUCUGGAUCUACUGCAGCGGAAGGAUGUGAUAGCUAAGAAAGCCAAGUCUGGAUUACCCUACUUUGAGAUUAAUUCUGCUGAAUUGGGAUUAAGUGGUGGUCAAGAACAGAAGAUCUACGCUACAGGCAAUCGAUUCUACUGUCCUUAUUACUCCAUCAACUUGUAUAUUACCAAACUCAAUCCAGAUUGCCAAGAUUUCUUGCAGAAACCAAGGACAAGGAUUAAUUUCAAGCAGGAGUCUGUAUGGUUUGAUCCCGAGCCUCAUAGCUCAGCUUCUAUCAGUACAAUGAUGUAUGAUAUAGCAUCAGCAGCUAGGCUAAGUAAACCCUAUAGUAAUGUUGACAUCAGAGCAACGGUAUGGACUGACUUUCUAGAAGCUAUUGAAGAGUUUACUCAAACACUUAGAUUGGGCUAUAAAAGUACUUCAGCAACAACUAGCAUGACAACAUCAACAUCAACAACAACAAGUGUUGUAAACAAACAUGGAGUGCAACAGCCGAAGAUCCAGGUCAAUAUAAAACCAGACAUUCCUAAAGAAGUUGUGAUUGGAAAGAGUACUGUGAGACAGAAUCUCUUUCAUCAGCCUGCUACAACAAAACAGACUACAUCCCAAGAUGACAGUGAUGAAGAUGUGAUUCUUAUUGAGGACUCCACUCAACCUGCAAGAGUAAAUAAGUCAAUGCAUCAUAGUUUCAGUCCCUCAGCAUCACAUCGGCUCCUACAACUAAGCAGGACGUAUGAAAAAGAUAAACAACAAACAGCUAAGAAAAGUACAUCGCAUAGCCAUGCUCAUAACUUCCCAGGAUAUCAACACGACAAGAAGCAUAGACACAACAGCAGGCAUAGUGGAUACACUGAUCAUAGACAAGAUCUGAAUCGAUAUCAAGCCCACAUGGCAAGCAGAGAAUUAAACCGAGCAAUGGACGACAAAAGAAGAUCCAUUCAAAGGUUAUUUGUCCAUCAUAACUGUAGCUGGACCUGUGUUGCUCCCUAUGUGCCUGAUGCUAAACGCAAGGAGAAGAUUAAAUCUCAGAACCCAUUGCGUGUACCUGAGAUGUAUGGAUGGGUACGACGAUUGGCUAAACAGAAAGGCUCAGGAAGGCGUCAUGUUGUUUAUCAAGCACCGUGUGGUCGCAGUCUGAGAGACAUGGGUGAAGUAGAUCGCUACUUAACCGAGACCAAGAUGACUGACUUGAGUGUAGAUCUAUUCAGCUUUGAUCAAUUCGUCAUCACAAAAUUGUGCAAAUAUCGUAACAGUCAACGACCAUUCCUCAAAAUUGCAGACAUUUCAGAAGGCGCUGAGCCUGUACCUGUAUCGUUGGUGAAUGUAUAUGACCGUGAGCAGCCACCAGCAGUCAAGUAUAUAGCUCACCGUAAACCUGAGAAAGGAUCUAAGAUUAUCACCGAUCCAGGCUUCCUAAUCUGCUGUGAUUGUACAGAUAAUUGCAAGGACAAUCGUAACUGUGCAUGCCGAAAACUGUCUGUUGAAUCAGCGAAGGCCUUACCUGAAAUCAACAAGGAUGUUAAUGAGAUAGGCUAUAAAUAUAGACAACUCCACAAUCUAGUAUCUACAGGAAUAUAUGAGUGUAACAGUAAGUGUUCUUGCUCCAAGCAAUGUCACAACAAAGUAGUUCAGAAUGGUCUUCGUCUGCGCUUACAAGUCUUCAAGACUGAAAAAAGAGGAUGGGGUUUACGGUGCUUAGAUGACAUACCACAAGGAGCCUUUGUCUGUAUUUAUGCUGGCCAACUAUGGGGUGCUGAAGAAGCAAACAUUAGAGGCCAGAAAUAUGGAGAUGAGUACUUUGCAGAGCUGGAUCAUAUUGAGAUUGUCGAGAAUAGCAAAGAGGGAUACGAGAGCGAUGUAAUGGAAGAUGAAGGGAUAUCAAAGGAUUCUAGCUCAUCAGCCUCAAGCAGCUCAGAGCAAUGCCUAUCAUCUGACGAUGAAUAUCAUGUAGGUUCUGAUGAUAGUGAUAUAUCAUCUGUUGCUGUAGAUGUGGAGAACCAUUCUGAUGAUAGUGUUGUUAUGGUCAAAGGUCAAAGUGGUGAUAGCACAGCUACUAAGAUGGUGUUUCGUAGACAGCAGCAAUCUGAGCAAGGAACUGGUAGCGUGGUUGAGGGAAGUUGUUGGUCAGUAGAGUUUCCUGAGAAAGCUUCGUCUCAGAGUAAAGUUGAAGCGUGGGUAAAUAGUACUCUACCAGACCCAGUAGAUACACCCGCAGAGGAGAGUGGAAGGGCAACAGGUAAAUCAGAUGCUCUGGUUGGCUCCUAUGGACAGAGAAGUGGACUCAUUGACUACAGUACAGAUAGAUCAGCAAAGAACUCGACCAGCAGUCAAGAAAGCAAACCUGUUGCUAGAAAAAGUUCAGGAGCUAAGAAAGAACAGAGUGCUGUCAAGAGAGGAAUGAAAAAAGAAAACUACAGAGAAGGAGCUGAUGAAUCCAGUAGGGAUUCAUCUACAUCUUCAAUGAUUAACUAUGGCUACAACACAAGUCCUGGUAAGGUGCUUGACCAUAACCAGCUUGAAGCUUUCAAAAGACGCUCCCUUACUGGCAGACUACACAUGCGCAAAAAAUCUAAAGAUGGCAAUGAAGAAGGUACCGCAGUCUCACCUAUUGUACAAGAUAAGAGUAAGGAGAUUGAGAGACCUUUGAAUAUUCGUACAAGGUCAUUCUUUGCGGAGUCUUCAGGCCAUGUGAUGGAUGCUAAGUUCAUUGGUAAUCUAGGUAGAUACCUCAAUCAUAGCUGCAAUCCUAACGUGUUUGUACAGAGUGUAUUUGUGGACUCUCAUGAUCUUCGCUUCCCAUGGGUUGCAUUCUUUGCAAAAAAAUAUGUGCGAGCUGGAUCUGAGCUGACAUGGGAUUAUAAUUAUGAUGUUGGUAGUGUACCUGGUAAAUCCUUGAUAUGUCUAUGUGGUUCAGCAGAGUGUAGAGGGAGGUUGCUGUGAGUAAACACAACCUCAAUCCCAGGGGAUGUUGGUAGUGUACC